AUCUCUCAGUGUUGUUUGUAAUUUGGUCCGAUCAACUGUACCAUCAGCACGACAGCGAUGCCAACUACAAAGCGUAAACUAUUAGUGUUGGGUUUGUUGUUGUGCCACUUUGGAUCUUCGUAUAGUCUCUCAACGGAAGACCUCCCAUAUUAUGACGCUGGCGUGGUUGAGUUCUCGUGGGAGAACAAUGCGUCUUCAAAUCUGCUACAAUACAUUAAUAUCAUCCAUUCUGAGGAUGCCAAACAGCUGGACAUUAUCGUGUUCCCGGAAAUGACACUCAGCACAUCGGGUUCUCUCAUCCCGAACCCAGAAGAUAAAAUUGUGCCAUGCGGCAACGAGGCCUACGAUUCAAUCAUCCAAGGUAUAUCGUGUUCGGCUAUCGAUUCUAGUGUGUAUGUGGUUGUAAACAUACAUGAAAAAUCUGAAUGUACCAAAGAGAGUCAGGCAACUUUGAACGACAACAGACCUUGUGCUCUGAACGGUUUAAACAUUUAUAACACAAACGUUGUUUUCGAUAGGAAUGGUACAGUUGUAUCACGGUACCGAAAAUUUAACCUGUUUGGAGAACUAGGUGUUAACACAACCCUGGCAUCCGACAUCAGCACUUUUCAAACCGAUUUUGGUGUCACAUUCGGACACUUUAUCUGUUUCGAUUUGCUGUUCUACACCCCAGCCUUUCGAAUCUUGUCGAUGGACAUCACCGACAUUAUAUUCCCAGCUAUGUGGUUCUCUCAACUGCCAUUUCUAACAGCUGUACAAAUCCAACAAAGUUGGGCCUAUGCGAACGAUGUGAAUUUACUCGCUGCUGGUGCUGACAAACCCAAUGUAGGCAAUACAGGAAGCGGAAUUUAUAAUGGCAGAAAUGGCAGCUUAGUAGUCACAAUCAAUACUCAAGCCGAAACUAAAUUGCUGACAGCACGCGUUCCUAAAAUUUCAAGAACAAAGAGGUCCAAGAUCGUUCCGAUUCCCAUCAAUCAACCAACUCUCCGUCAAAUGGAAAUUGAUUUGCUGGAUAUAUUUUUAAAACGUGAAUUUACACUAGACAAUUUCACCACCAUUGAAUUGGAUCUGACGCAAUCUGAAUCACACGAGCGUUUAUGCCACAACGAGUUGUGCUGUGACAUUGAAUUGAAAAUAAACCCAAGAAAUUCAUCCGAAAUGGGCAGCAUUUAUCGAUACCGACUAUUCGCGUAUGAAGGUGAACGGAUUUUCAGCGGAGUUCGGGUGACCGGUGUAGCAACAUGUGGCAUAUUCGCCUGUACCAACAACACGUUGGCCAGUUGUGGCCAUCGUUUGAAUGCGACUGACCUCAGCGAGCCUUCCGAACAAAUCGAGUUUCAAGAAAUAAAUGUUAGUGGUUCGUUUGAGGGGGGCCCAUUCAUGUUUACGAUGCCGAAUUCACUGAGCACCGAUUUAAUGCCGCUUGAACAAUUUAAAUAUGAUGAAAGCGAAGAGUUCCUAGAUGGGAGAUGUCUACGUAAAAGUAUUUCACACAAAAUUGCUGCUCCAACUUCGGAUCUGCUAACUUUUGCGAUUUAUGGACGUAAUUUCCGAAAGGAUGAUGAGUUCUAUGGUCAACAAUUCGAUCAACAGUGUGACAGCGCUCAGGGGUUGUUGCUUUCCAAAUUCGUUGUGUUUGUACUAGUCAUUCGAUUUUUAAUCAAUUUGUAGCAUGUUCAAUAAUU